AUGUCUAACCAGCGAGAGCUAUGUCUGCGUCGCGGAAUCCGGUGGACCGCUCUGCAGUUCCAGCAACAGAUAAACGAUAACCUGCCCCACGUGGAAGCGGCAUUGAUGCAGGUAGUAGGUCAGCAAAGUGAGCUAAAAUGCACAAGGUGCCUGCUACUGUGUGGCCCCUUCUCUCAAUGUGUCUCGGCUCGCGGAAUUGAUGGCCUUUUAGUCUGUGCCAAUUGCCAUUGGGCACAGGAGGACACCGAUUGCUAUUACGCGACUUUUAUGCCAUCUGAAAUUAGACCUGGUGAUGGCGGUGCAAUUGGCCGCUCAUCUAGCCCACUACACCCACUACUCCAGCACGAGGAGAUUCUUCGGCAUAUGACAGAGGGCACCCGGCUCACGAAAAAGCUUACGAGCGAGUUGCGGGUGGUCUGGGAGGGAAGCCAGAGUUUUGAAGCUCAGCUGGAAGGACUUCAACGCCGCCUGACUGACGCAAAUACUGCCAUCACCAGGGAACUAAUGGAACAGACUCUGAAUGAUAUCGUUGCGUCUCAACAGGAUAUUCACCAGGGAAUUGCACGCCUCAUAAUUCAUGUCCACGGGAUCAUUCGUCCUAGUCGACAGAUCCCAUCCUAA